GAGAAAAUAAUGGGGAUAACCCGGGGGAUAACCAGGAUAUUUGCAUUUUAAAGAGAAGCCAUGUUAAGGACAGCGCCUUUUGUACGCAUUCCAUUAACAUUGAAUUUUGACAUUCUUUCUCUACGAUUGCUUUCCAAGUUUUCAUCUUCACUUUUUGCCGAAUUAUGUGCCAGUGAGUUCAUUUGAUUUGGUGCGCACAAAUCAGUAGCCAUUCCAAUCCCGUUCCGGACAUUCGUGCAUCCCUCGAAUCAGUGUGCACUUGUCUCGUAAUCAUUCUCAAAGCCUGGAAUGCCAGGGCAGCUGCAGGGGCUGUGCAUUGUUUAAGUAUUAGAAGAAUAUGUUCUGACUGCUUACUGGAGAUUUGAUUCUAGUACUAUUUAGUAGAGCCCGCCCUAUAAGAGCUGUUGUCUUUCCACUUUCCCUUUCUCAGUUGUGCAGUGCAUACAAAACUGGACUGUCCAGUUUAGUCAUAACUUCAGUUUCCAGUGAAUAGCAACAACUUAAUUCAGCAAAGGUUUUGAACUUUGACUUCUAGUGAUUUUAAUUGUAAGAGUGACAAUUGAAAGCAGGGUUCAAAUCAUCAGAAAUAUGGAGACAAUGGAGGAGCCAGAUGAAGAACACAUUGAAGCCACUGCGACUCUCAUGGCUUCUCAAUUAGUACAAGCUCAGCUCAGCCCAUGGGAUCCUAUCAAAUGCAAGGAUUGGGAAAACCAGAAACCAAGUCAGCUGUGUCUACUUCGAAUUAAAAGGGACAUCAUGAACAUCUAUACAGAUCCACCAUUGGGAAUGUGUAUUGUACCUGAGGAAGAUAUCACCAGGGUACAUGCCCUAAUAACAGGCCCAUUUGACACCCCAUACGAAGGUGGUUUCUUUCACUUCUUUGUCAAGUUUCCUCCUGACUACCCUAUCAGACCACCAAGGAUCAAGUUAAUGACUACAGGAGACGGAUCUGUCAGAUUUAAUCCAAACCUCUAUAGGAGUGGUAAAGUCUGCCUCAGCAUUCUAGGAACAUGGAGAGGCCCAGCCUGGAGCCCAGCUCAGAGCUUAUCGAGUGUGCUCAUGUCCAUACAGUCGCUCAUGAAUGAGAAACCAUAUCACAAUGAACCAGGAUUUGAACAAGAGCGCCAUCCUGGUGAUUGUCAGAGAUAUAAUGAUUGCAUCCGUCAUGAAACUGUGAGGGUAGCAGUAUGUGAUAUGAUUGAACAUCCCAGUAAACACAUACCUGCAGAACUACAGCAAGUAAACAGAACAUCAUUCCCUGAUUUUUAUGAUUACUAUAUCACCACUGUACAGGAUAGGAUGCAUCUAACAGGCCAGCCAAUGCAGGAUCCGUUUGGUGAGAAGAGAGGGAAGUUUGACUACGCUACCCUCCUUAAGACACUUAAAGCCAUCAAAGUGAAGCUGGAUGAAGCCUCACAAAUGGAAGUAUCUUCAGACUCAGAAAGCAGUGGAGGUUCAGACCUAGACACCAAGCUAUCUGGCCCGGAUACAAGCAGUUGAUACUUAGUCAAGACAGCUAGGCUUCUAUCUGGCCAACAGGUACUAGCUCCAUACACAUGUGACAUGCUAAACCUCCUCAAAACACUGUCACACAAAAAAU